GUAGAGUUUUCUAGUGGUUUCAGACUUGAAGUACUGAUGGUAGUACUACUUCACUGUAGUGUGUCCUUAUCUGAUGCACAGUCUAAUGAUCUACUGCUGACACUACUACUAUUAAACCCUACUGGUUAAGAAGAAGUGGAACACUGUGGGGGAAGUGGUUAGCAUGUUUGCAUUACAGCAAGAAUGUCACAGGUUCGAUCCCUGGUGUUUCCAUAUCCAUUUAUCAUGGGUUUUCAGCAGGUUCUGCUGUUGGCUGCAGUCUACAGCCUGACCGCUAGAUGUCACUAAGGAGCCAAGACUGGGCUUUUCAACACCAUCUGGUUCAUGCCUCUUUCACAGCCACCCACUGUGAGGUCUCCAUGGUAACUCCAUCUGCUGAGGAAGAUCAUGUGACAUGAGGAGGAACCUGCUCCUUCACUGAGGAGACAGCGGUGGAGUGGAGUUUGACAUCAGAACAUGAACAUCCACCCAUGGGUGGAGGCUUUCUUCGUUGAUCUUUUACCUCCAGUUCACACAAGGGAUUGUGGGUAUCUCAGGGCUAGGAAUGAUGGGAAAUGUAGUGAAUCUUUGUGAAGACCAGUGCUGAGGAGGGGGGGGGGGGGUGUGUCUGACGUAGCAGCAGCUCACUGCCUGGAGUCACAUCCGUCUCCCAGUUUCCCUCCAAUGAGCGAACAAAAUGAGACGUCUACGUCACUGCUACAGCGCAGAGAUGAGGAGGAGGGGGAGGGUGGAGCAGAGAGAGAAAGAAGAGGAAACGCAGCAGCAAGAGGAGGGGGAGGAGAGGGAGGAGGAGAGGGAGCUGCAUGUCUCUCCUGCUUCAGUGGCAGCAUCACUGCCACGCCAGCCUUCGUCACCGGAAAACAACGACGAGGAGACAACAGAGAGACGGAGGAGAGGAAAAAAUACAAAUAAAAAGAACAACAUCACCUGCAGAGGUUCAAAAGGAGCCAAGCACCUCCUCAGACAUGGCCUGAAGGAACCUGCAUCACCAUGGGAAACCAGGAGGCGAAGCAGAGGAAAGCUGCAGCUGCAGCGUCAGGAAAUGGAAGCUACCCCUCUCCGGAUGAGGGAUGGAAAGAGGGGGGAGGAGGAGGAGACGUGAGCAAGAAGGGAGGAAAGAAAGUCCACAGUAAACAUGGAGGUAAAGGAGCAAACAAUGGUGGAGGAGGAGGUGGAGGCGGAGUUCAUGGUGUGGGAGCAGGCAAGAAGAAAAACAAACCAGAGUCCAAGUCCUCCGUCUUCUCCAUCCGUAAGAGGAAGGGCAACCUGAAAGGAAAGGGAGACGGGAGUUCCUCAGUCACAGGGUCAAAGGAGGAGGUGCUGGGGUCUCAACAUGACGACCUGGACACCACCAAGACCCCAGAGCUGUCAGCUGACGAGCUGGGUCAGUCGGACACCGAGGCUGCUUUUCCUGAGAAGAAGAAGAAGUUGGAGCCAGGAAGUAAGAAAGGUCCUCCACAGGAGAAGGAGAAGGAGAAGGAGAAGGAGAGCCAGAGAAAAACCUCCACAGCUGCAACCUCACCCGCAGAGGACGUGGGAAAUAAAGUGGGGAGCUCAGGGUCAGACACGGACAUUUACAGCUUCCAUUCUGCUGCAGACCAUGAGGACCUGCUCGCUGACAUCCAGCUGACCAUCAGGCUGCAGCAGCAGGGGGGGGGCAGAUUCUCACAGGGAGGUGGGGACAGUAAUGGAAUCUGGGCAGGAGAGGAAAAGAGGAGAAAGAGUAACGGAGGAGUCAGAGGAACUCCUCCAGAGACGGCUGAUCUGAGCCCAGAGUUGGAGGUGGCCUCAGACGCCCUGUCCUUCCUGGACACAGGAACUCUGUCUGGGUCUGAGGACCACAAGGAUGAGUCUCCACGGCUGCACACGCCCCCAUCCACUGGGGGGCAGGAGAAGAGGGAGGAGGUGGAGGAGGCGUUGGCGAAGCGUCAGCAGGAAAAGGAGGAGCAUGUGGAGCUGAAUGUGAGUGGGCUGCAGGAGAGCAGGAGUCCACCCCCCCACACAAAGGAGCAGCACGUUGUAAUGGACCAAAGCCCUUUCAUAUCUGUCGCCAUGGCUACAGUGGGAGGGACUUCGGUUACUGUGACAACCAAUAGCAACAUCCUCACCGAGCACAUGUUGGCUGUGGAAGACCCAGAGGAGGAGAAGGAGGAAGAGGAGGAAGAGGAGGAGGAGGAGGAGGAGGACCCUGGUGUGGAGGUGGAUCACACCAGCACCGAGGCCACCGAUGGUCCGAGGGUCCAGGAUGAGGAUGUUCACCUGGAGUCUGGUACCAGUGCUGAGUCCCUGGAGGACUGUCUCAGUACUGGUUCUGAUCAUAACCUCUCUGCUCCCACCAGCACCUCCACCUACUCCCAAAGGUGCAGGAGCAGGAGCAACGUUUCCUUCACUCCACCUCCUCUCCAGGAAGGGAGCCCCACCUUAGCUAAAAGACUCCUCAGGUCCAACCACUCCUUAGCCUUCACCAGCCCCGGGGUCAAACCCUACCCCCCCAUCUUCCCCUCCUACAUCAAGACCACCACCAGGCAGCUCAGUUCUCCGGGACACUCCCCAGCCCUGUCCCCCUCCCACAGCCCCCUGUCCCCCCGCAGGGCCCACCAUCACCUGCACAGGACCAUGGCUGAGGGCCACCAGACCCGGCGCCGGCGCUCUCGGAGCCUGACCAGACGUCUGAGCCGCUCGGCCGACUGGACGGAGGACCUGGAGAGGAGGUGGAGGAGCAGAGAGGAGGACGGAGGAGGCUCCAGCGGCUCAGGGGAGUUCCUGGACGCCUACAGGGGAACAGCGGGAGGCAGCCAGCCCAUAUGUAGCACAAGAAGGUCGUCCUGUGGACAGAUGUCCACCUGUGGCUUCCAGGACGUCUUCACAGGUCGGACGCUGCUGGAAAAGCUGUCCCUGCAGCAGCAGCAAGAGGAGCCUGAGGAGGCUGAGAGGCUCUGCUCCAGGAUCCUGGCCAUGGGCCUCCUGCUGCCAUUCACUGACUGCUUCAGGGAGCAGCUAGGUGGCAGCAGUGCGCAGAUCACUGCUGCACCUGCAGCCAAGUUUGAUCAUGAGCAGCUGUACACCUGGGCAGCUGUGAACCAGCCCCCACACUCCCUGGACCUGUGGGACCUGAGGACCCCGGGGCAGAUGAAGGGCCCCGGACCCCUGACCAGACCUGGAUCAGACACCAGGACUGGACUCAAACCCACAGAGGAUUCUCUGGUGUGUGAAGAAGACGGUCAGACAGACAUUCAGGCGGCCAUGUUGGAUUUACAGCAAGAGCAGCAGCAUCAUCAGCAGGAGGAGAAGGAGAAGGAGAGCCCAGAGAAUCAGGAGGAACGUCUCCAGUCCUCGAUGAAGCUGAAGGAGAAACACGUCAACGUCAUCCAGCAGCUUGAACAAACCAUCGAGGACCUGAGGACCAAGAUCGCAGAGCUGGAGCGACAGCCCCCUCUGCUGGACUAUGUCAGACCUGUCACCGCCACCACAGACAGGGAGUGUGGAGGUGAGGAGGGGCUGCUGAUUGUCGUGUGUGACGCCCACCUCCAGACCGAAGCUCCUCCACCCUUGGGCGUCCUGGAGGCCAAGUCUGUGCAGACGUCCCCCAUGGACGACAGCUUUAAGUUCAAAGUGCCUGGUACCGAUUCUGGUGGAGUCAACGGUUUUCUGCACCCACCUCCUCCGUCCAGCCUCCACGGCUUCAGGUGUUCAUGUCAGCAUCAGCAUCCUUCUACAUCUCCUACUUCUCCUUCAGGAGGAGCUGCACAAUCCAGACAGUCUGUAUCUGUAGUACCUCCUCCUCCUCCACCUCCACCUCCUCCACCUCCUCCUCUCCCUGGGGUCACUAUCCCCCCUCCUCCUCCUCCUCCUCCUCCUCCUCCUCCUCUCCCUCUUCCUGGGGGUCUUGUCCCACCACCACCACCACCACCUCUUCCUGGUGGAAUUAUGCCUCCUCCUCCACCUCCUCCUCCUCCUCCAUUACCAGGACUAGGAGGUCCACCUCCACCCCCACCACCCCCCCCUCUUCCAGGUUGUGGACUUCCACCGCCUCCUCCUCCUCUUCCAGGUUGUGGACCUCCACCUCCUCCCCCACCACCAGGAGUCACCUGUGUCCCCCAUGCUCCAUCAGGAGCCCUCGGGUCACUGCCGCCUCCUCUGCCGCUAGGACUUUAUGCUCUGGGUCUGACUCAGGAGAAGCCCCCCAGGAAGGCUCUGGUAGAACCACCACGGCCCAUGAAGCCGCUCUACUGGACCAGGAUCCAGUUGCACAGCAAAAAGGAGGUUAGUUCUUCGUCAGUGUGGGACUCGAUCGAGGAGCCCAACGUCGACUUUGAGGAGUUCGUGGAAUUGUUCUCAAAAACAGCAGUGAAGGAGAAGAAGCAGCCGCUGUCCGACACCAUCACCAAGUCCAAGACCAAACAGGUGAUGAAGCUCCUCAACAACAAACGUUCUCAGGCCGUGGGAAUUCUCAUGUCCUCGCUACACCUGGACAUGAGGGACAUCCAACACGCCAUCCUGAACCUGGACAACUCCGUGGUGGACCUGGAGACCCUUCAGGCUCUGUAUGAAAAUAGAGCCCAGAAGGAUGAGCUAGAGAAGAUAGAGAAGCACGUGAAGUCAGUGAAAGAGAAGGAGAACCCUAAACCUCUGGACAAGCCUGAGCAGUUCCUCCUCCAGCUCUCUGAGAUCCCAAACUUCUCCAGCAGAGUUUUCUGCAUCCUCUUCCAGUCAACUUUCUCCGAGUGCAUUACCUCCUUGACCAGGAAGCUGGACACGCUUCAGAGAGUGUGUAAGACUUUACAGGACACUGAGACAGUGAAGCAGGUCCUGGGUCUGGUCCUGGCUUUUGGAAACUUCAUGAACGGAGGGAACCGGACCAGAGGCCAAGCUGACGGCUUCACGCUGGACAUCCUGCCCAAACUGAAGGAUGUGAAGAGUAGUAACAGUAUGAAGAGUCUUCUGUCCUACGUGGUCUCCUACUACCUCAGACACUUUGACGAGGAUGCUGGCAGGGAGACGUCUGUGUUUCCUCUCCCUGAACCUCAUGACGUGUUCCAGGCGUCACAGAUGAAGUUUGAUGAUUUUCAAAAAGACCUAAACAGACUCAGGAAGGACCUGAGAGCGUGUACGACUGAGGUGGAGAAAGUUUGUAAAGUUUCAGAAGAAGAAAACCUGCAGCCAUUCAAGGACAUGAUGGAGGACUUCCUGUCACAAGCUAAAACUGAACUGAAGACCAUGGAGGAUCAGCUGAGCAGCACGCACACACUCUUCCUGGAACUCUCGGUGUUCUUCUCUGUGAAGCCAAAAUCCGGAGAAAAGGAAGUUUCUCCGAACACCUUCUUCAGUCUGUGGCAUGAGUUCACGUCUGAUUUCAAGGAGCAGUGGAAGAAGGAGAACAAAGUCAUCCUGAAGGAGAGGUUGAAGGCAGCCGAGGAGAGUUUCCGUCAGGCCAAGGAAAAAGCUUCCUACAGCGUCAAACCCAAACACGCCUCUGGCAUUAAAGCCAAGCUCGGCAUGAAGAUCUGAUGUUUGGUGUGUGUUUGAACCUUGUGUGGACACCAGCAACAAGUCUGAGAAGACAGGAUGAAGGUGUGCGUCCUCUUCUCUGGACGUCCACUCCGGUUCUUUCAUCAUUAAUGGAAGAUGUUUUUUUUUUGUUGCCUUGGUUUGAUGUUUCCAGCUGGUACCACAGUCCUGGGACUUUGCUAACACUCUGGUCCAGCACUGCAGGACAGAAUACUCCGGGAGCCAUCAUUAUUACAUCAACAAUCUGGCUCUAGAUAAUGAUGUGUGGGAACAGUGUUAGGAACUUUUGUCCUGACACUGAUCUCUUUAUGAACUACUACAAGCUCAGCAGGUUCUUCAACAUGUGACCAAACUCAGUAUUUCCCUCAGCAAUGCUGUGUGUCCACCCAGCAAAAGUAGUUUAAAAGUGACCCGUCCCUGGUAUCGGUACUAUCCAGUGUAGGUACAGAUGAUGCUCCUGUGGACCUACGUUGGGUCAACAUACCUGAUCUGACAUAGGCCCAGAAGAAGGCUAUCAUCCUGGCUGAGCCUCAUCCUAGUUUUUGACACCUGGAUACCUGAUGUUGGCCAAUGAAAGCCCAUAAUUCAUUGCUCGAGGUGGGCCAAAUGACCAGUUUUGCUUCGUGAGAACAUUCAUGAACAAUGCAGUAAAUCCUCCAUGUGGUCACCAUGUGACCAUCGAACACCAUCGGUAUGUUAUAGAUGCACUCACUCACACACAUUUUCACAAACCUGCUUGUGAUUGCAUCGUCCAAUCAUGUUCAAGGAUCAUAAUCAAAACCAGAACACAUUUUCUGACCUGAACAAUUCUGCAUACACAAACA